CCCAAUGAACAUGUUGAAGCGUCUGUCUAUAUGAAGAACUAGCACUUCGGGACUGAUUGCCCAUUGUGAACACCUUUGAAGUUGUCGGGCCGUGGCCGGCGAGCAACACAAACAAAUGCUGUCGCUCCGGCUCCGCUCCCGCUCCCUUUCCCGGUCUAACAUCUAAGCUUCGUGAACCGGCGUGGAUAGCUCCUGCUCCCGAGAAUAUAACCCAUGCUCGAUCGGACUAUUACAUCGUUCCCCCCUCUUCACCUGCGCUCCUCCAUGUCUUCCGCUUCGUCUUCUUCAUCUUCUUGGUCCUGCCCACGCUGCACAUUCCUCAACCCUGCCUCCCAGAAACUCUCCUGCCAGAUCUGCCUUUCUCCUUCCGCCAUCGCCGGCGAUGUUGGGGGUGGCUCUUUCUCUAUCAAUGGGAAUAGGGCUUCCUCCAUUGGGGCUGCUGCCUCACCAGGACAAUGGCCUUGCACUGCCUGCACCUAUCUGAACCCUAACGGAAACGCCUGCUGCGAGCUCUGCGGCACUCGUGCCGCGCCAUUCUCCCGUUUCCUCAGCGACGAACUCGACCCGGCCGAGCUCUCCGCUACCGAUCCCUCCAUAGGAUCGGUCUUUCUCCCUCUCCAGCGCUGCGGAAGCAAGCGACCUGCGCCCUUAGAAACCGCUGACGACUCCCGAUCAUUGGAGAAGUUGGCGAGGUGUGAGAAGGAGGAGCAUUUGGGGUUAUCAAGUAAUGCUGAUACAAGCUCAGACCCACAGAUGUUAAAAAUUUUGAGCUAUAAUGUCUGGUUCCGUGAAGACCUUGAAGUUUAUAAGAGGAUGGAAGCCCUUGGAAAUCUUAUUCUGGAGCACUUACCAGAUUUCAUUUGCUUCCAGGAGGUUACUCCAAAUAUUUAUAAAAUCUUCCAAAGCUCCAAGUGGUGGAAGGCAUACAGAUGUUCAGUAUCUCAGGAUAUGGUAGCGGAGAGAGCUUAUUUUUGCAUGCAGAUGAGUAAGCUACCAGCAGAGACCAAAUUCAGCCAUAAACCAUUCUCAAACUCCAUCAUGGGAAGAGAACUCUGCUUAGCUAACAUGAAGCUUAAUUCAGGCAAAACACUAGUGAUUGCCACAACCCAUCUAGAGAGUCCCUGUCCCGCCCCACCCAAAUGGGAUCAAAUGUACAGCAGCGAACGAGUUGUUCAGGCAAAAGAAUCGCUCGCUCUCCUCAAAGACUCGCAGAAUGUGAUUUUCGCUGGCGAUAUGAACUGGGACGACAAAUUGGAUGGAGCCUUCCCUCUUCCUGAUGGCUGGAUUGAUGCUUGGAUCGUCAAAAAACCAGGAGAAAAUGGGUGGACUUAUGACACCAAAUCCAAUAAAAUGUUGUCUGGAAAUCGUAAUUUGCAGAAGAGACUUGAUCGGUUCAUGUGCAAGUUUAAUGAUUUUAGGAUUGAUAGUGUAGAGAUGAUUGGGAUGGAGGCCAUAGCUGGUCUUUUUUACUACAAGGAGAAGAAGGUGAGGAAUCAGAUGGUGAAGAUGGAGCUUCCUGUGCUGCCUAGUGAUCACUAUGGCCUUUUGUUAACUGUCAGUAGCCUGUGAUUACCAUGCUUGAAUGUUUUUUUUUCACGUUUAUACCCUUGUAUUUUGUAUUUUGUCCCAUGAUAUCCUGAGGUUCAUGUGAGCUGAUGUUUUGGAAUUUGAUCGUGGGAUUUGGUUUUGGAAGAAUUGUAUGUUCCGAGUGAAUGUUGUGGGUUGGAAUUUUGCCCUUUGGAUUCUAAUGCUAAAGAAAAGUGAUUGUGAAUGUAAUGGUUUUGAUGUCAUAGUUA